AUGGAGCCAGGCUCUCUGCCUCAGACCCAGGUCCCCCGGCUCUUCACGCUGCUGGACACCAACGGCGAUGGUGUUAUUAGCCAGAAGGAGUUUCUUCAAGCCAUGGAGCCUGAAAGGAACACGCGGGUUUUGACGCCACAGAGGCCGCCGGGGCCGGCUCCGCGACGUGCCUGGGGCUGGGGCCAGACGCCACAGGAGCCCGUCACCUCCAAGGCGGAGCCAUGCGAGAGGUCCACCUUGCCAGACCCCGUGAUGAUCUCACCAAAGACCGAGCUACAUGCUGCAGGCAGCGAGCGGUGGGGGGGCGAGACCGCGAGCCCUGACAGCUCUCCCCGCUUAAGGAGCGAGGCAAGUCCGCGAGGAGCUGAAGCUGACAUGCCGCCGGUGAUGCUGCGACUCAUGGAGGCCAUCGUGGCUGAGGAGGUGGCCGGUUUGGGUGAGUGCCUCAGCCUCUGCAGCAGCAAGAGCCGCACGCUGAAGCUGCUGGGCUUUCAACAUCUCCACUUCGAUGCGCGGCUACAGGGCUUCCUGGAGAGUCGGGCGUGCACGGUGCUGCGGCCCGUGGCCGAUGCCCUGCUUCUGGUCCGCGGCCUCCUCGGCUUCCGUGAGGCCCAGGGGCGGCGGCACGCCACAGCUUUCUUUGGCGCAGGCCGGGUGCAAGAGACCAACCGCAAAGGCCACGUCAUGUUGCGCUUAUUCCCGCUGCUGCUCUGUGCCAGGGGCGAUGGGAACCUGAGGGGCCAGCCGCAGCUGCCAGAGGACUACACGCAGUGCGGGGUGCUGGGACAGCGGCGAGAAACCAGCCGCAUCGUCCACGGCAAAGAUGCCUCGGAGUGCGUCUGGAGAUGGCAGGUGAGCCUUGGCUCGGAGAGCAACGGGCCCUUCUGCGGCGGGACGCUGAUCAGCCCGGAGUGGGUCCUCACCGCGGCACACUGCGUCAUGAGAAUCCGCAGCAGCUGCCAGGUGCAGGGCCUUCGGGUGGGCGCUGGGGGCUGGAAGCGCCGGGAGGACCUGGCGCGCAGCCUCCAUGCCGUGGAGAGGCGCGUGCAGACCGUCUACGUGCACCCGCUGUACCAGGACAAUGUCGACCACGACUACGACUUUGCUCUGCUGAGACUAGACAAGCCAGUGCCCAUCAACGAGUGCAUCGGUGUUGCCUGCUUGCCGACGAGCACCGACGAUGUCGGAGAGGAAUGCAGCAUCACCGGCUGGGGAACCUUGGUGGCGUCUGGCCCCACGCCGGACGUCUUGCAGCAGGCAAAGGUUAAAAUUCUCAGCACCGAAGACUGCGAAGCCAACUACACCGAGACCAUCACCGGGUCGAUGCUCUGCGCAGCGGGCAGAUCCAGCGAUGGGAUUACUGAUACCUGUCAGGGCGACAGCGGCGGUCCUCUGGUCUGUCGCGAAGAGGAGCGCUACGUGCUGCGGGGGGUGACGAGCUGGGGCCAGGGAUGCGCCUUCGAAGGCUUCCCUGGGGUCUACGGCCGCGUGCAGAGCGUGCUGAGUUGGAUCGAGGAUGGCAUGGCCGGGAAGGUGCACAAGGCCCACGCGGAGGUUGCCAAGGAGGACGACUUCUCCCAACUCGACUUCAACGGCUUCAUGUGGACGGUUGUCACUGGGCCUUGCAGCGUAGACGAGUCGGGCUGCCUUCUGAGCCCUGGGUUUCCUGAGCCCUACGGCGUGAAUGAGGAGUGCAAGGUGGCGGUGAACGCCUCCGCGGCGGUGCCUAUUGCGGUGGCCAACUUCACCACGGAGCCGGGCUUCGACCAGCUCUACGUGGACUGCCGGCCCUUCUCCGGGCUUUCGGGCCCCGAGAACGUGACCCCCAGCGCCGUGUUCUGGACCUCGGACGACACAGUGGUGGAGGCUGGCUGGCGCUUGUGUCCAACAUAG